AUGGGUCUAAUAGCCAUUACCGUGUUACUUAGUAACACAAAAGGAUUAAAGUUCUACUGUAUGCUUGACAAUUCGAAAUGUGUUAUAGAAGACUGGAACCCUUCGAUGGAUGGAUACUUCCUAUUUCAGCACAUUCCAAACGACACAACGUCGAUACACUUCAUCAACUUACAGAGUUUACAUAUUGUUUCAGAGCUGUGUACCAUAUUAGCACGCUGCGUUGAUAGUCUUAUCAUAGAACAUUCACCCAAGGUGACUAUGUUACACUUACCAAGCACGUGCAACAUUCUGGUCGUUACCCUACAAGACACCGGACUGCAGUUUUUGAACUUUGAACAAAACGAAAGCUUAGCAAGUGUCAUAGUCAAAAACAGCCGCAUAGGAAUUAUUCCUGCAACGAUUGCUAAUUUGCCCAACAUAGAAUACGUUACCCUAGAUAAUACGGACGUAGAAGUUGUAGAUUUACAUUUAUUUUACCCAUUUCGCCACCUCAAACUACUUCAAAUAAGAUAUGCGAAGGUUAGAUAUGUGCGUGGUACAAGUGCGACCAUUGGUCGGUGUCCUUUAGAUAGCUUAAAACUUGAUCACAACUUUUUGCGUAUCGUUAACUUGAAUCUGUUUGCUCCUUUCGCUUCACUGACAAUGCUUAACUUAGCGUACAACAGGAUUGAAGUGUUAACUGGUAGAUUAAGCAAUCCGAUCCUUAACAGUUUACUUCUGAAUAGCAAUCGUCUAAAGGUGUUAGAUUUAUGUCCGUGGAAUGUCCUACAUCACUUAAAUGCGUUUACAAUUGCGUAUAAUAAUAUUCAACGAAUGCCUCUCUGCUUGCAUCGAUUCCGGAAUGUCACACAUGCUAGUAUGCAGUUCAAUCAAAUCAACAGCAUUGAGGUGGAGCAGCUGAUACACUUAUCCAAUUUAGUAUCGAUUAAUGUAUCCUUUAAUAAUAUAUCCUCUAUCCCUGUCAAUGAAUCCUUGUAUCCACCGAAGUUAAGGCAGAUAGAUCUUUGCGGAAAUCCGAUUAGUAAUGAUACCAUAACAGAUAGAAUGAUUGGUAGUAUCGAUGUAAUGUUAUAA